CAUGCACGCAAAACCUCAGAUUAAUUCAGCUGAUGUUGUCUUUUGGGGUGGGGAGUAUUUUAGUUCACUGAUUUCCAAACUAGUGCCCUGCAAGAAACGAGGUAAGAAAAUAAUUAAUUGUUGCUAGUUGAACCCAAGAGUUCUUGCCCCAUUAGAGAGGAGGGUGUCCCUGUUGCCUCUGUGUGCGAGUUACUGCUCUGGAGCUGUCUCUUUCCAAUGAGAGCAUCACAAAUUUGGCUGGCUGACUGAUCGGAUGACUCUGAAGCGGCAAGCAGGGCUCUCUGCUGGUUCCUUGCCAGCAGCUGGUGUUCUGUGAUAUACUUUCUGUGCAGCUGGAGGAUCUCUGUGUCAUUGUGGCCAACAGCCAUUGACAGGAGACUGCCCUCUGUGGAUUCAUCGAAUCCCCUUUGAAAGUCGACUCGGUCAGUGUCCGUCGCCCCAUUAGCGUGACGGUGAGCUUUGUGAAUUGAUGGUGUACAGCGUGUGAAGACUUAAUUUAUUUUGGCCAAGAAGUUUCAUUGGAUGCCCCCCCCCCGUUAUAAAGGGAGGCAACUCUAAAAUUUCGCAUAUUUUCACUACGUGUGUGGCUGUGUGGAGAAGGCCUUUAUUGUGUAUUGAAUCUUCCAAUUUUCAGCUUUAGUGCAGUUUUAGUCUUAUGAGAGAGGGAGGAAAAAGUCUCCCAGUUUACUUUCUCCAGCGUCCUGCACAAUCAUGUCUUUCCCCAUUUCUUCCCCCUUUUUACCUCUAAAAUUAAAAAAGCCCCAAACAUUCCCUCGCAGGAGGAGAUGUUCCAGCCCUCCACCCCCUGAUCAUUGCGGUUGCCCGACAGUAUUUUUGGGCCAGGGUUGUGAGAGAGGGUUGGCCAGAAUUGGUCACGAUAUUCCAAAUGUGACCACAUCAUAAAUUUGAUUAUUGCAGUGCUAAAACUUUUCCUUUUCGUCGCUGAACUUUUUUCCCCCCAUAAUCACCGUACUCUGACUUGACAUUUUUCAUGGUCAGUCUGUUAGCUCUAAACAUGCUCUCAAAAUAAACCUUUCCGAGUGUGGACGUGCCGGCGUAGAAAGUUGCCUUGUAGCGAGUUGGUCCAUCAGUAUGGCCUACACUGGCUGGCAGUGGCUGUAUCAGUGUUGCAAGCAGGGGAUAUUCCUAGCCAUUCCUGGAGAUGUAACCUGAGACCUCCUGCAUGCAAAAGAGGUGCACUACCGUUGAGCCAUGGCCCGUCCCCUGAAAAGUAAGGUUCUAGUCCUCGUGGUUUUGAAUAAAGAGCCAAUUUAAACUAGGAAGCUGACUUCUUUUGAGUGACGCCACUAUCAUCUGGCUCAGAAUUCUCUACACCGGCAAGCAGGGAAUCUUUCCUAGCUGUACCUAGAGAUGCUGCUGGGGGAUUGAAUCGGGGGCCUUCUGCAUGCAAAGUUCUAUUCAGAAUAAACCCUUUGAAAUGAAUGGGCUCAAGUUCGCUAUGUCCAGCAUUUUCAACAGGUCUACUCUGAGUAGGACCGAUGUAGGAUUCCAGUCCUUAUGGUUCUGAAUGAAACGCUGAUUUAAGAAUUAAUAUAAGCUACCGUUAUACUCAGUCACAUUGGUCCACCUACCUACACUAACCGGCAGUGGCUCUCCAGGGGUUCAGACUACACUUUCUCAGCCCUUGGAGUCUUCUGCAUGCAAAGCCUGUGCUCACCCAGCCGGUCAACAAACUCAAGAGAUAGUGAUCCCUCCUACCUUGAACAACUUUAAUGGCGGACAAGGCUACUACCCGCAAUGGCUAUGUUCUCCCUCCCCUGUUGGAGACUGUAUGCCUUGCUGAGAUCACAAGUGGGGAACGUUUCUGCUGCUGUGCCCAGGUCUUGCUUGUGGGCUUCCCAUUUGGGGCAUUUGUUGGGCCGCAGUGAAGGUGCUGGAUUCGACGGGCCCCCUUUGGCCUCAUCCAGCUGCAGGGCUCUUCUGUUCCCCAGCAGAUGUCGAAGGACAUUUUAGGAGAUUCUGCAGACUAGACCAGGUGGGGUGGAUAUAUGUGGUGGUUUUGCUUCAAUCCCUUUUGGGACAACGGUUUUUUUUAAAAAAGGAUUGUAAGUCAAGGUUGAGCCCAUCUGGACGGCUGGGAUUCCUUAGAAGAUAGUCGAAAGCUGAAAAUAGAACAAACGGCUCCUUUGAGCUAGCCUCCGCUUGUGCACAAAUCCCUCCAGGGAGGUGCCUUGUGUGUUGUUGCUUCAAGGACACCAUGCGGGCUGAAAGCAGGGAACUUGAGCCACCUCUCUGCCUGGCCCUGUGCGCAUGUGCGUCCCACCACAGCCUCUCCAUCCUCCUUCAAAGGAUGUCCUCGCUCAGGUCUGGACUUCCCCGGCAGGUUUAGUAGAAGCCGCCCUCAGGCUUUGGGGGGGUCGAUCAUGCAGCUCCGACUUGGAGGGCUCUUGGUGGGCCUCUUGCUGAUGAUCAAGCCCAUCUCUGUGCGCGGGAAGGAGAUCCGUGGAAGAGAAGAGCCUGAGCUCUCAAUCUUCAGAGAAUUUGGAGGAUCCGAUCCCCCAGAAGAGGAUGAAGUCCUGGACAUGUCGGACUUCGUAGGGCCGCGGCUGAAGGUGCCGCUUCCUUUGAUGAAUCCAGAAGGUGGCUCUGAAGCGGAAAAACCCUUAAGUUCAUGGUACGGAUACAGCUUCCAGCCUUGGCCCCACGGAGGCCCCGAGGAGCCUGUGUGUAGGGUCAAACUGGAGCGGGUUUGGGGCCAGCGCCGUCUGGAGGUUGUGGGUCUCCUCACCAGCUACGAUGGCGGGUUCCUGAAGGCACUGAGUGGGUCAGCCUGGAGCGAUGGAGAGCUGGAGAUGUUUGGGGUCUGCCCCACCGAUGUUCCCCGUGGCCUCCUCGCCUCUCUCCAGCAGGUUGGCGAUUCCCUGGACAAUCCACGGGAGAACAGGUUUCUCUGGCUUCAUCUGGAGGAAGUGAAAUGGGAGGCUGAAACGAAACUCCAGUUCAGGCUGGCUUUCCACGAGGACUCCGACGAGCCCCUUGGCACUCUGCAGCUCGCCCUCCUAAUUUUUUACCAAGGAGGGAUGGAUUUGGCGAGCCCCAGGAGCACCCCAGAGAAGUUCCUGCUGGGGGGGGAAGGUCUCCUCCCUCGAGAGCAGAUUGUCUGCCUCUCCGGGAGAACCCAGUACCUUGUCCUUCAGGGCUCACUGAUGUCGGGCAGACGUUCACCAGGGCAACUAAGCUUUGACGUUUCCUUGGCAAUCAGGCAUAUGAACAACAAAGGGGCCACCCUCUCCCACCGUGAAGCCCAAGACCUGCUGUUUGGCUUCGAUCCCAAGUGUUUCACCCGCAUGACCCCGGCUGUGUUGCUGUUGGCGGAGCAGAGGCCCCGAGGCACACCUCUUCCUUCCGCUUCAUUCCUCGCCGCCGAUGGCAAGUUGGACAUGGCUCCUUACCUGCAGCCCAGCAGUUUGCCGACAUCUGUCAUGGCUGAAGUGCCGCCCUCUGUUGCUGCCAGCACUGCAGCCAGCCAGGUGAACAUCUCUGCACCGAUGCCGGCAAACACCGGGCAGUUCCUAGAGGCUCUUUCCCAGUUUGUCAACAAGGUCUCCAGCCCCUCCGAUGAGCCGCCGCAGACCUCCAGUCCGCAGCUCCAACUGGAUUUCGGCACAAUGGAGGCCUUCCCCCACCUCCUGCUAAACCUGUCCGAGAAGGUGGCCUUGGAGCGGCUGGUUCGGUCCGAGGACCCCCUGGUGGUCCUGUUCCCUGAGAAUAGCCAGGCCUUGAUGGAGCAGCACUUGGCCCACUGGUCCUUGGAGGGGGCACUGUUACGGCAACUGCUGGUGAAGCUGCGUUCGGUGAUACAAGAACUGAAGGCCUACCCGUCCUUCCAGGCCCACGCAGCCCUCUUCCGCAGCCUCCUGGCUUUCUGCCACUACCCUUCUAGUCUCUCUCCAGGAGGGGCAGAGGGGUCCCGGGGCCGGCAGAAGAUCCACAGCCUGCUGCUUCUCAAAGCCCUCCAGGCGGUCCGCUUUCGCUGGCAGGAGUCGAGGAAGGCCUCCCCCCGGGCGAACCGCAGCACUGGCAACCAGGGCGACUACUGCCAGCUGCAGAAGCUCAAGAUCAACCUGGUGUCCACGGAGUACAUCAUUUUGCCAGAAUGGUACGACGCCAACAACUGUGUGGGGUCCUGCCGCCUCCCCCUCUCCACCCGCGUCCCCGACUAUUACUCCCACACGAUCUUCUUGCUGCAUGUCCAAGACCAGCGCCUGCCUCUCGAGCGAGCCCCUUGCUGCGUCCCCGUUAGGUACUCCCAAAGCAUCUUCGUUACCUUCACCAGAGAUCAAGGCAUGAAGGUGAAGGCCUACCCCAAUAUGGUAGCCGAGGAGUGUGGCUGUCGCUAGAGGGGGAAACCGGCUCUGCGUGGCCAGCCGUGGUCUCGUGCCGGAGUGGGCCUCGCCGGUGGCUGUUGAACCCACCAUUCUCUCCCUCCUGCCAUUGACCAGGACUGUUGGGCCUCCUCUGGUGCCUGAGACCAAACUAAUAAGGCUGUGUAUGCACACCGUACAUUCAAAGCACAUUAUUUUCCCCCAAGAAGCCUUGGCGCUUUAUUUUACAGAGCUACAAUCACCAGGAAUUCAGCUACGGUUCCCAGGACCCUUUGGGAGAAAUACUGUCCUCUAAAUAUAUGGUGUGUACGCUGCUUAUGCACCAGCGACAUCUCGCUGGUGUGUAUUAAACACACGCGGAGUUAGCACACCUACAGAAUUCCUCUUGCUUUGCAUAAUUUAUUCUGCAUUUGCAAUAUAUCUGGUGGUACUUGAAUGAGAUUAAAUCUUUUGGGUACUUUUCUCAUUUUGAUGAUGUGAUGGUGUUUUUUUGGGGGGGGGAGGAUAGUGUUUGGUUUUGCACAAUAUUGUUGUUGUUCAUAUGUUGGUCUCCUGGCCUUGAAUCUCCCAGAAAACGUUUUGGGUAGUGGCAAAGGAUUAGUGUGCCUUUUUAUUGUGGCAGUUAGAUGGGAGCAGUCCCACAGAUUAAUUUGCUUGCCUGUAGGUGAAAUCUGGGUCCGUUUGCAAAGAGACCCCCAUUUCCGUUGUUGCUUAAAACGCCCUUUUGCAUCAACCCUAGUGCCAAACCAAUAAUAACUCACCUCAGUUCAAAUUUCAUUGGGAAAAGGAAAAUUGCCGUUGACCAAAAUAUUUUUAUUUACAUAGCUGCGAUCCCCAGGACCUUUAAUUCAGCUACGGAUCCUUUGGGGGAUAUAAUGUGCUUUAAAUAUGCGUUGUGUGUGCAGCUUCUGCACCAACGACAUCUCUGCGGCGUGUAUUAAACAUAUGCGGAGUUGGCACGCCUACAGGAUUCCUCUCGCUCUGUGUAAUUUAUUUGCAGUCUAUCUA